GUAUUUCCUGCAUCUACAGGUUGUUUUCUCUUCUGAAAAUGAAAUCUUGAAUUUGAACUUAUAUCAAGAGUCUCUGAAGAACAACAACGCUUUGGGAUAGCCACUGCAACAUCAUGUCCAAAAACAAAGAACCUACUGUCAGAAGCUUCCAUUUUGUUUGUGUUAUGACCGUAACAGUUGGAACCAUAAUCCAGUUGUCUGAUGAAAGUGAAUUUGCAAUAAAUAAGUCAAAAAUAGGCCUUACUCAUGUUCCAAAAGACCUGCCACCAAAAACCAAAGUCUUAGAUAUGUCUCAAAACAACAUAUCUGAGCUUCAGAUCUCUGACAUCGGCUUUCUGCCAGGGUUGAAAGUUUUGAGACUUUCCCAUAAUAGAAUCCAGCGACUUGAUUUCAGUAUUUUCAAGUUCAACCAGGAUUUGGAAUAUUUGGAUUUAUCUCAUAAUCAGUUGCGAAAGAUAUCCUGCUAUCCUAUUGUGAGUUUCAAGCAUUUAGACCUCUCAUUCAAUGACUUCGAUGCCCUGCCCAUCUGUAAGGAAUUUGGCAACUUGACACAACUGAAUUUCUUGGGAUUAAGUGCUAUGAAGUUACAACAAUUAGAUCUGCUGCCAAUAGCUCACUUGCACCUAAAUUACAUCCUUCUGGAUUUAGGGAAUUAUCACGUAAAAGAAAAUGAGGCAGAAAGUCUUCAAAUUCUGAAUACAAAAACACUUCACCUUGUUUUCCACCCAAAUAAUUUAUUCUCUGUCCAGCUGAACAUAUCAGUUAAUACUUUAGGGUGCUUGCAACUGACUAACAUUAAAUUGAAUGAUGAGAACUGUGGAGUUUUAAUUAAAUUUUUAUCAGAAUUCACUAGAGGUUCAACCUUACUGAAUUUUACCCUCGACCACAUGGAAACAACUUGGAAAUGUUUGGUUAGAGUCUUUCAAUUCCUUUGGCCCAAACCUGUGGAAUAUCUCAAUAUUUACAAUUUAAUAAUAGUUGAAAGCAUUAAUAAAGAAGACUUUGCAUAUUCUAAAACAGCAUUGAAAGCAUUGAAAAUAGAACACGUUACCAACCGAGUUUCUCUUUUUUCACAGACGGUAUUAUACAGAGUGUUUUCUGAGAUGAACAUUAUGAUGUUAACCAUAUCAGAUUCACCUCUUAUACACAUGCUUUGUCCUAAGGCACCAAGCACAUUUAAGUUUUUGAACUUUACCCAGAAUGUUUUCACAGACAGUAUUUUUCAAAAUUGUUCCACGCUAGUUAGAUUGGAGACACUUAUCUUACAAAAGAAUGGACUAAAAGACCUUUUCAGUGUAGGUCUUAUGACUAAGGAUAUGCCAUCUUUGGAAAUACUGGAUGUUAGCUUCAAUUCUUUGGCAUUUGAUGGAUAUAAGGAAAAUUGCACUUGGGUUGAGAGUAUAAUUAUCUUAAAUUUGUCUUCAAAUGUACUUACUGACUCCGUUUUCAGAUGUUUACCUCCCAGGAUCAAGGUACUUGAUCUUCACAGUAACAGAAUAGAGAGCAUCCCUAAAGAUGUCACCUCUCUGGAAGCUUUGCAAGAACUCAAUGUUGCUCUCAAUUCUUUAACCGACCUUCCUGGAUGCGGCGCCUUUAGCAGUCUUUCUGUACUGAUCAUUGACCGUAAUUCGGUUUCCCAGCCAUCAGCUGAUUUCUUCCAGAGCUGCCAGAAGAUUAGGUCAAUACAAGCAGGGAACAAUCCAUUCCAAUGUACCUGCGAGCUAAGAGAAUUUGUCAAAAAUAUAGGCCAAGUAUCAAGUGAAGUGGUAGAGGGCUGGCCUGAUUCUUAUAAGUGUGACUACCCAGAAAGCUAUAAGGGAACCCCUCUAAAAGACUUUCACAUGUCUGCAUUAUCCUGCAACACAGCUCUGCUGAUGGUCACCAUUGGGGCCAUCACGCUGGUGUUGGCUGUUACCGUGACCUUCCUCUGCAUCUACCUGGAUCUGCCCUGGUAUCUCAGGAUGGUGUGCCAGUGGACCCAGACCCGGCACAGGGCUAGGAACAUACCGUUAGAGGAACUCCAAAGAACUCUCCAGUUCCAUGCUUUUAUUUCUUACAGUGAACAUGAUUCUGCCUGGGUGAAGAACGAAUUGGUGCCUUGCCUAGAAAAAGAAGACAUACGGAUUUGCCUCCAUGAGAGAAACUUUGUUGCUGGCAAGAGCAUUGUGGAAAAUAUCAUAAACUGCAUUGAGAAGAGUUACAAGUCCAUCUUUGUUUUGUCUCCGCACUUUGUCCAGAGUGAGUGGUGCCAUUAUGAACUCUACUUUGCCCACCACAAUCUCUUCCGCGAAGGAUCUGAUAACUUAAUCCUGAUCUUGCUGGAGCCCAUUCCACAGAACAUCAUCCCCAGCAAGUAUCACAAGCUGAAGGCUCUUAUGACGCAACGGACUUAUUUGGAAUGGCCCAAAGAGAAAAGCAAACAUGGACUUUUUUGGGCUAACAUUAGAGCUGCUUUUAAUAUGAAAUUAACACUAGUGACUAAAAAUGAUGAUGUGAAAACUUAAAAAUAAUCAGAGCAUCCAACUUAAGCAACCAUCAUUAACUUGGAUUCUGAUGAAGACUAUGGUUCUCAGUCACUGUUGGGGGGCACCUAUGUUAUCCCCAUGCCUUCAGGAAAGACUUAAUGGAAACUGUGUUUCAACUGGGGAAUUAGGCUGGGGCAGGAGGUGGUGCUCAGCUUGCCAAUUCAAGGCAGCUGAGUGUUUUCUGGCUUAAUCAUUCUUUUUCAAAUUGAAACAGUCUCUUUUGAGCAAAUGCUCACUCUUUCAAGAGUUCCUCUCCCCUCUCUUUUCCCGAGUGGAUUUUGUGUGAGCAGGAGUUUACGUGGCUUCAUGGCAGCAAGA